GGUGCGCCCCCUAUUGGUGUCUGGAGGUAUCGCAGCAUGAAAGCAGUGGGAAACAGAAACACUAUGGCUACCACUCUGUCUCUUACUCAGCUUUCCAGUGGAAAUCCCAUCUAUGACAAAUAUUAUCGACAGGUGGAUCCCACUGGGAGCGGGCGGGUGGCGGCAGCAGAUGCGGCUCUUUUCCUGAAGCAGUCGGGCUUGGCUGACAUGGUUCUGGGGAAGAUUUGGGAUUUGGCAGACAUUGAAAGAAAGGGUUUCCUUAACAAACAGCAAUUCUUCAUAGCGCUGCGGUUGGUUGCUUGUGCUCAGAAUGGCCUGGAGGUGGCGCUUAAGAGCCUUAAUGUGGCUGUUCCUCCGCCCAAAUUUCAUGAUACAAGCAGCCCGCAGUUGGCAAGAGGAGUGGCUGCUGAUGCACCCUGGGUUGUUAAGCCAGAGGAAAAGAUGAAGUUUGACGCCAUUUUUGAGAGUUUGGGUCCAGUUGGAGGGAUGCUGUCAGGAGACAAGGUUAAACCGGUUCUGCUCAACUCCAAGCUGCCUGUGGACAUCCUGGGCAGGGUGUGGGAGCUCAGUGACCUGGAUAGAGAUGGCAUGUUGGAUAGAGAUGAAUUUUCUGUGGCCAUGUUUCUGGUUUAUAGAGCUCUAGAAGGCGAGUCCGUUCCCAUGUCCCUACCGCCUCCUUUAGUUCCACCCUGUAAGAGGAAAAAACCUGCGGCGGCACCCGUGAUGCCCCUGUUACCCUCACCUCCCUCUGUGAAAGACAGUCGCUCCUCCCAUCCCGGCUCGAAGACUCUUCCCCACCCUCCCAAACCCGCGCCAGCUCCUGCCCCAACACCAGCAGCCGCCCCUUGGGUUGUAUCGGCUGCAGAGAAAGCCAAGUACGAUGAACUGUUCAGCAAGACGGAUGGCGACAUGGACGGCUUGGUGUCUGGAGCAGAAGUUAGAGAUAUUUUUCUCAAAACUGGGCUGCCGUCUGCCACGCUCGCACGAAUCUGGGAGCUUUGUGACAUUGGAGACAUGGGAAAGCUGACUCGCGAACAGUUUGCCUUGGCGCUUUAUCUGAUCAAUUUGAAGCUGACGAAAGGCCUGGACCCUCCACAGACUCUCUCUCUCGAAAUGAUUCCUCCGUCUGACAGACAAAACAGCAAGCAGAACAACGCGAACCUGGCAGCUGACUUCUCUGCCAUUAAGGAGCUCGACACCCUCAGCAACGAGAUUGUUGAAUUACAAAGAGAGAAGGUCACUGUGGAAGAGGAAAUCAAAGAGAAGGAGGAGGCUAUCCGACAGCGAACAGAUGAAGUACAGGACCUUCAAGACGAAGUGGCGAAGGAGACCGAGGAGCUUCAGCGGCUGCAGUCUCAGCGUCAGAAGGUCCAGGAGGCUUUAGAUGAGCUCGACCAACAGAAGAACACCUUGGAGGAGCAGCUCAGCCUCAUUCGACAGCAGACCAGCCAAGAGACACAACUUAUCUCGUCGCUGCAGUCUGAGCACGAGGAGCAGGAACAGAAGAUCUGUCAGUACGAGGAGGAUCUGGUUCAGGCACGAGAGGAGCUUCUGGCCCUGCAGGAAGAGAGCCGGAAGCUGCAGGAGAAAGUCCAAGCUGCUCAGGAGCAACUCACCCCUCUGCAGGAAUCUGUGCGGGACUCCUUCACUCAAGUUUCUCAGAUUCAGCAGAAAGUACAAGACCUUCGCGUGGAAGAAAGGUCAGUGACGGCGCAGCUCAGCUGGAAGAGAGCGCUGGAGGACAGCUCUCCGGUCAUGGUCAACGGAUCGGCCGGCUCCACAGCAGAGCUUGACCUCUUCAGUGACGACCUGCCCAAGGAGCUGAAGGAGGAUGAGCCAGCUGCUGUCAGCAAUCAGCAGAAAGAACAUUCAGACGAAAAGGAGAGGGAAGGAGUCGAUGAGAAAGAAGGACAGAAGGAGGAACAGAGUGCAAAGGCUGCAGAGGAGGAGAAGAGUAAACCUGAUGCCCUGGACGACCUCUUCUCCAGUCUGGCCACCACUGAUAUGUACAGCAGUCUGUCGUCCAUCUCUAAGGCUCGAGAUAAUCCAGUUGGGGAAAACAACGUCGUGGGAGCUGAUGUCUCAUCUGACGUCUCCGAUGUUGAAGAAGAAUCACUAAAAGAGACUUCACUGAAGGUCGACUCUCCAGAGCCAGAGAGCCAACAGGAGCAAACAGAGUCUACAGAAUCGACGCCCUCCCCGUUGCCUCCACAGGCCGCCGCUCGCUCCCUGCCGCCACAGACGAGCCCCCCCUCCCUGCCAGAGAUGGACUUCUUCCAUUCAGACCCUUUCACCGACCAUGAUCCAUUCAAAGAAGAUCCGUUUGGAAAAGCAGAUGUAGCAGAUCCGUUUGGAGGAGAUCCAUUUAAAGGCUCAGACCCUUUUGCUGCAGACUCUUUUUUCACCCAGCCCUCCAGCAACACUUUCCCCUCAAAGGACCCAUUUUCAGCCUCAGGUGACCCAUUUGGCACUACUCCUGGAAUACCAGAACCGGACCUCUUUGCAGCCAAGGCUAAGGAUGAGCCUGCAGCAGCAGCACCACCACCAUCAUCAGCAACACCGACCCCUGACCCCUUUGUCUCCAAGACCACCAAUCCAGCAUCCAGUGAUCCCUUCAGCUCCACAGGGGACAACUUGGAGUCAGACCCAUUUGGAAGCAAACUGAACAACGCCGGAGAGCCGGAUCCGUUUAGUUCACAAGACGGAGGGUCAGAUCCAUUCAGCUCUUCUUCCACGAGCUCCGAUCUGGCAGUGAAGGAGUCGGCGCCAUCCAAUGAUCCCUUUGCUCCAGGAGGCACUACAGUGAGCACCACCUCAGAUCCAGAUCCGUUCGCUGCUGUGUUUGGCAACGAGACGUUUGGAGGAGGAUUUGCAGAUUUCAGCGCUUUGACAAAGUCAAACGGUCCUGACCAGUUUGGCAUCAACAACAAGAACCUGUUCCAGGAGGACAGCCAGCCUGCCAACUCUGACGUGCCCCCCGCCCUGCCGCCUAAAACGGGUACUCCAACUAGACCGCCUCCCCCACCUCCAGGUAAGAGAGCGUCCGUCUCUAGGACAGAGUCCUCCGACUCCUUCAAGCGGCGAGGACACUUCCUUCAGACCUCUGGAGACUUCUCCUCCUCUUCCUCCUCCUCCCUGCCUGCCAAGGACCCUUUAGCCGACCCCUUCGCCCCCUCCUCCCCUCCUCGCCACAACGUGCGGGAAGCUGAUCGAUUUGCCAGCUUUGACAAAGUGAGCACCUCCCUCUCCCCAUCUCCCUCACCUCCUCCUGAAUGUCAAUAGCCACACCCUCUUCUCUUUAUUUUUCUGCUCAUUAAUCACAUCUGGUUCUCCAAGAAUGUGCAACUAAGCCUUCAUGAAUCGGUCCAUUCACUGCCAACAGAUCCCCAGAGAAGACAAAUAAAGAUUUUAUGUGUCGAUGCACAAGGUUGCCUGUUUCCUUAAUUAUAGAUAUAUAUUUAUGUCUGCCAACAUUUAUUGAAGCUAGCUGAUGAAAUCUUGUGUGUUUUGAAUCCUCACUGCUGCUGUUUUUAUAUUUUAGCUUCCUAAUAACAGUGCUGUUGCUUUGCAUUGUUAAAAAUAUUUCUCAUUUAUUUCUGGGAUUCCACUUCGUUUAACUCUUCUGGUUGCCCUCCUUAUUUUGUUAUAAAGAUUAUAAAUAGUUUAAUAUAUUUAACCUGCAGUUAGAUUGCAUUUAUCUGUAGGCACAAAACACAAGUCGUGGUGCCAGUCGUUAUUGACAUAUUGACUCGUGUUUGGCAGUGAAUGGAAAGAUGGAAACCUGCUUGAAUGUGACUUUUGUUUGCCAUCCCAACUCAGCACAUUGACUUCACACCCUGUUCAUGUGCGAGCAAGUCAAAGUUAUUUACAAGAUAAAAAAACACAUGUUGCGUUUAAACUGCCUUUUUCAAGAUUUUAUUCCACUUUUAUCCUUGGAAUUGACUGAAUUUUAAUAGCUACAGCAUUCAUCCAGCAGGUUACUCUGUUUUAUGCCGCAUCAGGUCGACAGUGAUGAAAAAGUUUCAGUAGUCGGUGACCUACAGGCCUAAAGUUCAGCACGAGGGAAAAACUCCUUCAGCCUGUGAGCUUUGAUUCAACUAACUAUCAAAACCAGAGUACAAACAUUGAGCUUCACAUGGAGCUGCUCAGGCUGCAAGGCCUGCAUUUUUCAACUGAAUCGCUUUUAAAACGUUAUGAAUUUAAACGUAAAACGACUUCAUUUGGAUCAACCAAGAGGUUGAGCUUUCGCUGAAACUAAAUACUUUUCUAACGGUGCCAUUUUACUAACUACAGCUCUGCUCCUGUAACACAGCAAAAAAAAAAAAAUGGGUGGUCAAGCUGUGAUUUUUGGGAUGGAUGGCUGCAUUUCAUUCUUGAUUUUUCGAUGCCUCUGUUAUCACGUUACCCCACCUGCAUGCCUCUGUCGAACCCUAAGCUACACAAACUAACCUCCUCCGACUGGCUGCCUCAAUCGUCCCCCAAAUCAUUUGUUUUCCUCUUCACCCACGCUGCUGUUCAUUAACUCAUGCGUCUCCUCCUGUCCAUCCAACCGUCAUCCAUUCAUCAACUUAUUUCACUCUCAGCUCUCAUCUGAUCAGCAUUGUGUGGUUGCUUGUAUUCUUUGUGUGUUUAUGUGUUUGUUAUAAAGAAAUGUUUAAUAAAGUGUUGAAUCAUA